UUCUCUCGAUACAAAAUUCUGUUGUGUCCAUAAAAAGGAAAGUUAUAAAUAAAUCUAAACUAUCGAUCCCUAUCUCUUCUUUGUUUACCUAAAAUUUUUAUGUUUAUAGCUAUAUAGUAACAAACUGCUAAAAGCAGACACCAAUACGGCUUCAGAAAAAAAUGCUGCAUUUGUUGAAUGUAACCUAACAUUAACAUAUGACUUUAUUAGAGACAGUACAAUGGUGAGAGUUGUGCUAAUCGUUUUUAGCAAAAGCUUUUGAUAAUGUAUUAUGCCAUGUCACAUUAUUAUAUACGUUAAUUGCAAGCUAUAGCUAUAUUGGUGUGACUGAUGAGGAAAGAACUUUCAUUGCUAGAUUUGCCAGAAUGCAUCUGGAGUUUUAUUGCCUCUUACCUUCACCUGGAAGAUUUUCGAAAUUAUCGCUUAACAUGCUUGCUUUUGUGUCAAUCUACAUACUCUCGUACUGCAAUGCAAAAUAUUAACAUUAGAAUUAUAUUUGAUGGCAAAAAUAACAGACAUUAUGGAUAUGGCAGAAGAUUUAUAUCAACACCGAAAGUUUUCCCAUGCCUUGCAACUUUCAUGAGUAAAUUGCUUUAUGGAAAAAUUUCUAAUUUUGUAAAGAUCAGUCCCCUUCAUCAAAAUGUUCCUGAAUUUGUCUUUGAAAAUUUACUCAACAAUUCAUUGAAAGAUGUUACAGAAGUUAAAACAUACGUUGAACAUGUGGGUAUCAUUGGUAAAUGUUGCUUGUCACUCCAAAAGUUGCAAUUAAAUACUGAAAAUUUAGUUUUGAAUAGAACUAGCCCCUUUAAUGACCAUGAUAAAACAACCCUUACUUUCUUAGAUGCCAGUUCAUUUAAAAGUUUUCCUUCUUUACAUGAGUUGAGCAUUUCAAAUAUGGACUUCCGUCUUAAUGUUCUUACAUGGAUUUUGGAUGGUAUCCCUACAUUAGCCUCAUUUAUACUAUUGCGUGUGACCUUUGGUUUACAUACAUCUAUUCAAACUGAAAAAGAAAGGGAGGCUAUUCAGAAAUGUGUGAGUCAAGUUACCAACAUCUGGCAUUGGUCAUGGGAGGUAGUUGAAAUAGCAGACCACUUGGAGUUAUUUUUGCCUGAUUCUGUCUCAUCAUUUAAAUGUAGAUUGAAAAGUAACUUCCUGAAAUGGAAACCAGAGAAUAUUAAGAAAUUUUCUUUUGAAAAGUACAGGGAUUUUGAUAAAUUCAUGAUUCCAUGGAAUCCAGAAAAAUAUGUGAAUUUAACACAUUUGACAUUUAACUAUGCUGAAUUUCAUGAUUCAAACUUUCCGCUCUGUGCUAAUGUAAAGUUCCUGAAAUUAUCCUGGACGAAAAACACACUUGCCUAUUUAGGAGCUUUGUCACUUUACCCAGCAGAUGCAUUGAGAAAGUUGAUAUUGAUUUAUCCAAGAGAUUUUGUUUACGAUUCAAAGUUUGCGAAUAUUCUUACUAGCUUUUGUUCGUUGGAGUAUGUGGAAGUAGUAGAGGGAGAUGAAUCCUUCGAUACCAUUCAACACUUUGUUGACGAGCUGUCUGCCAUGAAACCUCGUUCUUUAAAGUAUUUUGUUUUUCCUCACUACAAUAAAAGUAAAAAGAUUGUUCGAUUUAAGGAUUGAGUUUGCAUUUAACAUGAAUUCUCAUUGAACAGAGAAGAUCAUUUUAUUAUAAUAUUAGGAUAAAUUGCUAAACAAACUAUUUUUGUGUUCUGUUACAUUUAUGUUCAGCAGUGCAUCAUUCGAUUGCUAUAAUUAAAAGAC